GUGGCAACGGCCAACGACUUUAUUUUCCGAACGUGAAUUUGUAACAAAUACAAUAUUUUAUUGUUGUUUAAAAUGAUUAUAACGAUUUACACUACUAUAUCUGGCACUGCUAGUUGUGUUUAGGGUUAUUUAAAUGUUUGCUAUAAAUAAAACUCGUCUGCUGUAGAUCGAUUUCGCUGUGCUCGUCAUUAUACAGCCGUUCCUAUUUGAAGGGCUCUGGCGUUUGAUAGGAAGCUAGCUAGCUAGUAAGGCAGGGCGAGUAGAGCUGUAGACUGGACUAACUCGGCUGCCUACUUUAACCACGGGAAUGCAUUGGCAGUCUUUGUGUCGUUGGUGAAACUAAAGCGGUCAAUGCCAACGAUUCCUCCGAAGGCGAUGGGCCGGUGUGCAGGUGAGCCGACGUGAGAACCGACAGGAACCGCUUCAGUCCGUUCGCACAUGGGAACCGUGUCGCUCAACCUCAUCCGCAUUUUAACAGUUUGAAGACAGACAUUUCUAAAGACAGCAUGACAACUGUACGAGGAGCCCAUUCACACAAAGCAAGCCCCUCUUUACCUAAGGAGAAUGGACACGCACCCCCGAGCCCCAACUUUCCCUCAGCGGAGAAUAUACCCGAUGAUACCCCGAUGUCCUCGACCAGCGAGCUGGCUCAGAGCUGGGUUCACGUUGCCAAAACGUUUGUUCUCAUUUUCCCUAUUUACGCAUUGGGAUAUUUUGAGUUCAGUUUCAGUUGGCUGUUGAUUGGACUUGUUCUCUUUUUCUGCUGGAGGAGAAACCUAGCAGGGAAAAACAGCCGACUGAGACGAGCUCUUGCUUUCUUUGAGCAGGAGGAGAGAAGUGCCAAGCAGAGUCUGAUGACCUCUGAAUUACCACCAUGGGUCCACUUCCCAGAUGUAGAGAGAGUGGAGUGGCUAAACAAGACGGUGAAACAGAUGUGGCCGUACAUCUCCAAGUUCGUGGAGAAGCUGUUCCUCGAGACGAUCGAGCCAGCAGUGAAGGAGUCCAACGCCCACCUCAGCACCUUCUGCUUCAGCAAGAUUGACAUAGGAGACAAACCCCUGAGGGUCAACGGGAUCAAGGUUUAUACGGAAAAUGUGGAUAAGCGACAGAUCAUCAUGGACCUACAGAUCAGCUUUGUUGGCAACACUGAGAUUGACAUAGACAUCAAACGCUAUUACUGCAAAGCCGGCAUUAAAAACAUCCAGCUCCACGGCAUGUUGAGAGUGGUGAUGGAGCCGUUGCUGGGUGAUAUGCCUCUUGUUGGAGCUCUGUCUGUGUUCUUCCUCAAGAAGCCACUUCUGGACAUAAACUGGACUGGCCUCACCAAUAUACUUGACAUUCCGGGGCUCAAGGGUUUCUCCGACAGUCUGAUUCAAGACAUUAUCUAUAGUUAUCUGGUUUUACCCAACCGUGUCACGAUCCCUCUGGUCGGGGAUGUGGAACUGGCCGAGCUACGCUUCCCCAUGCCAAAGGGAGUCCUGAGGAUUCACCUCUUGGAGGCUCAGGAUCUGGAAGGGAAGGAUAAUUUUCUGGGAGGGCUGAUCAAGGGCAAGUCUGACCCGUAUGGCAUCCUGCUGAUCGGCAACCAGCUGUUCCAGAGCAAGACGAUCAAGGAGUGCCUCAAUCCCAAAUGGAACGAAGUUUAUGAGGCUUUGGUGUACGAGCACUCAGGUCAACACCUUGAGAUAGAGCUGUUUGAUGAAGAUCCGGACAAAGAUGAUUUCCUGGGAAGCCUGAUGAUCGAUUUGACUGAGCUGCACAAAGAACAGAAGGUGGAUGAGUGGUUCGACUUGGAAGAGGCUCCUACUGGGAAACUCCACUUAAAACUGGAGUGGCUAUCUCUGCUCUCCACUCCUGAGAAGUUGGACCAGGUGCUGCGAAGUGUGCGUGCAGACAGAAGCCAGACAAAUGAUGGAUUAUCAUCAGCGCUGCUUGUGGUCUAUCUGGACUCAGCAAAGAACCUACCAUCUGCAAAGAAGAGUAGCAGCGAGCCCAGUCCUUAUGUCCAAAUGACAGUUGGACACAAAAGUCUUGAGAGUAAGGUCCGGUACAAGACCAAUGAGCCUCUGUGGGAAGACUGUUUCUCAUUCCUCGUUCACAAUCCCAGGAUGCAGGAGCUCGAGGUGGAGGUAAAAGAUUACAAGCACAAAUGCACCCUCGGUAAUUUGACGGUGCCUUUGAGAAGUCUGUUGGCGGAGGAGGACAUGACGCUGACUCAGUGCUUUCCUCUCAGGAAUUCCGGGCCCAGCUCCACCAUCAAACUCAAGAUGGGCCUGAGGAUCCUGUCCCUGGAGAAGCAGGUAUCCUCAGACCAGCCCUCCUCCGUCCAAGUCAGGGCGUCCAGUGUUUCGCAGCCAACCGCAGCCCCUCCCCAGAGACAAUCAAGCACAGAUUUCCCACUGCCUUCACCCACAUCUCCACCUAUGGACGCUUCCACCCUCAACCUCCAACAAAGGGACGGCGAGCCGUACUCAGCCGGCCAUGUUCACAGCAUCUCCAACCUGAGCACCUGCAUAUCUAGCUCCCAGAAACACCUGCCUCAUAACGAGUCCACACCCAGCCUGGCCUCGGAUAUCUCUCUGCCCUUCGCCACCUUGGAGCUCCAGCAAAGGCUUCGUCUGCUGCAGAAUGGCUCGGCCCCCAGCCAGUACCCCCUGGGUGAGGUCCAACUGACUGUUCGACACAGCUCCCAGAGGAACAAACUAGUUGUGGUGGUGCACGCCUGCCGUAACUUGAUAGCCUUCACCAAAGACAGUUCAGAUCCCUUCAUCCGCCUCUACUUGCUGCCUGACAAGAGCCGGACGGGGAGGAGGAAGACCAGCACGAUGAAGAGGACCCUUAAUCCUGUUUAUGAUCAAACGUUUGAGUUUAGUGUAUCUAUGGUGGAGCUCCACAGGAGAACCCUGGAUGUAGCAGUGAAGAACGGUGGGAGCAUCCUGUCCAAACACAAAGGACUUUUGGGAAAGGUGCUGGUAGAUUUAAGUGGGGAUGAUAUAUCUAAAGGAUGGACACAAUGGUAUGAUCUGAGUGAAGAUGGUUUGUCGUCUCAAGGCAUAAGAAGUAUUCACGACCCCCUCAUAUAGUGAAACUGCCCCUCCAUAUAGUGAUCUUGUUAAUAAAGGAUGCAUCAUUUUGUUGUA